AACAAAAACGGCGUGUGUAACUUUCACUUGCGUGCCCUCCCAGUACACUUCUCGGGCACGUGGAAGAAACCACCCGAACCGAAUCGAACGACAAUGGAAGCAGACUCAGCCACUCCCUCCGUUCCACCGGAGGAAAGCCACAUCGCCGUCGUUCAAACCGAACCUUCGAGUUCCAACUCCGGCGAGAACGCCUCCGACGCCGACACCGCCGGUGACCACCUCGCGAAGAGCGCCGACGUAUUAGCGAAAGGAUUGUCCUCGAUGCUCUCCACUAUCAUCAGCGACUUCGAUUCCAGAGCUCAACACACUCUCAACAGCCAGCACCACCUCUCUUCCUCCAUUGAUCGUCUCACUGGAGAACUUGAUCAGUUACUUGAAGAUGCACCUUUGCCAUUCAUAAUGCAGCAUGCUGCCAAGAUUUCUAGUGUCAGGAAAAGAGUUUCAUCGCUAAAUUCAGUUUUAAAAUCCAUACAAGGGCGGAUUGAUAAUAUAGACCGCAUGCUGUCUCUUGGCACCACCCAUGAGAAAACGACGACUGAAGGUUCUCGGUGAAUUGUCAUGAGCUUAGUCAUGUGUAGAUACAUGGUGUAUAAAUCACGGUCAGACCAAAAUCAAGGUGAACAGCCCACUAAAUCUAAGGAAAGUUGUUUUUGUCCACCGUGAUUUUGCGUCACUGCAUCCGAACAUGCACUUAAUCAACUUCCAUUCUUUCCAUGUGUACUAUUCAAAGCACCCUUAAAUUGAGUCCUUGUUAGGCAUAUACUUAGUGCAUGUUUGUAAACUUGUUUAAAAACUAUGGUGAAGCCAAAAUCACGGUAGGCAAGAGUAGAAGUUAAAGGAAGUUGCUUCUAUUCACUAUGUUUAAAGUCUCACCGUGGUUUUGAACGAGUUUCCAAACAUUCAAUUAGAUAGAUGGUGUUAGAUAAGGACUUCAAAAUUGGUAUCUUGUUAAGGCUGCAUUUAACUUACUCUUGAUUACAGCUCACAUUGCUUUUUAAGGCUUUGUUUGGGAAUUUUUGAAUGAGGGAAGGGGAAGACUUGAGGGGAAGGGAAGGGAAGAGAAGGGGAGGGGAACUGUGAAGGGACGGUAAGCCCUUCCUUUGUUUGAAAGUUCAAAAAAUUUCAAAAACCUCCAAUUUAGGGGAACGUCACAAAACAACUGAAAGAGUGUCUUGCGGAGAUUUUAGAGGGUUUUAAAAAAUUCCCCAAAGUUUUCCCCCUUAAAAAAAUUCUCAAACAAUGGGAGAGCUUCUCAUGAGUCUUCUAUUCUCCUUCCCUCCCCUUCAAAACUUACUUGCAAACAAAGCCUAAACCUAGGAAAAGAUAUCUUAUUAAGAAAUCAAUUGUAAAUUUUAAAACAUGUUUAGAAUGAUAGAAUUUGAGUAAAGUAAUUGUGAAUUCUGUAACUUUUGACUGUAUCUACUAGUGAUUUUAUUUCAAAUUUAUUCUUUAAAUACAUUAUACAUA